AUGGGCAUAGUGCUGGCCAGAGUGGAUAAAAGCAGAAUUGUACCUUCAAUACUACCGAGGAGAGCCGUGUCAUCAUCAGAGCAUGCUGCCCUCUGCAGGACGGUAAAUGGAACCACACCUAAUUGUUCAAACAGCAACACCAUUGCUCCCUUCAUCACAACAGAAAGCACAUGUGAAGAGGGACUCCUGGUCCCCGCCACUCCAGAGAGAGCAAACAUUGAGAAGGACCACGUCACUCCCCAGCAAGUGUACAAUCUCCUGAACGCAGAGGCGGGACACCCCGCCCUGCACGACCCAAACUACAUCCUCAUUCUGGACUGCCGCAGCGCAGAGAGGUAUAAGCAGAGUCACUUGGUGACAGCCAGGGCGAGUGUGACGGUCAUGCAUCCUGAGCUGGGUUGCUUGAUCAGCUGUGUGCAGCUUCAGGAGUUUUCCAUUAUCCUGCUCUACGGCGAGGAAGACCACUGCCCAGUGAGCAGUGAGGCGGGUGGGAGAGACUCCCUGCCCCUCCAGCGCUGCUUCUUCCAGCUGAGCCACCUAGGCAUGGACCCCAUCAUCCUGCAGGGCGGCUACUCGGCCUUCCACUCCCUCUACCCUUUCCUGUGCACCCCGCGCAUGAUCCUGCUGGAGCCCGAGCGCCACGCACUCACCAUCUACCCCUCCGAGAUCCUGGAGGGGGCACUCUACCAGGGCUCGGCGGCGCAGGCGGCCGACUACCGCAUCAUCGAGAACCUGCACAUCACUCACGUGGUCAACGCCACGGCCGAGACCCCCGACGCCUUCCCCAGCGUGCUGCACUACCUGCGGCUGCCGCUGGUGGACGACACCCAGCAGGACCUGGCGGAGGCCCUGCCCGCCGCCUCCAGGUUCAUCUCGGCGGCGCUGCGGGGGAGCCCCGGGGCUUCAGGGGGGGUGGUGGUGCCGGUGGGCGGCCGCGUGCUGGUCCACUGCAGCAUGGGACGCAGCCGCAGCUCGGUGGUGACGCUGGCCUUCCUCAUGGAGCAGCGCUGCUGGUCGUUGCGCCACGCCUUCCGCUGGCUCAAGGACAGGCGGGCGUGCACGGCCCCCAACGUGGGCUUCUUGCGGCAACUGUCCGACUACGAGGAGCUGCUUUUUGGGCAGAGGCUGACCUCGCUGGACGACAUACGCCUGUGA